UCUUAUUAAAAAUAUUUCUUUCUAAUCGAUCAUGUUCAUGGCUUCCAAGGGGGACAACGUUUUAGUUUCAAGUAUAAAGCUCGAGAAGAUAUUUAGCAUGAAAGGAGGCAAAGGAGAGUCCAGCUAUGCUAACAAUUCCAAAGCCCAGGCCAUACAUGCAAGAUCCAUGCUUCACCUGCUUAAAGAAACCCUAGACAGAGUGCAACUGAGCUCUCCAGAAGUGCCCUUUGUGGUUGCGGACCUUGGUUGCUCAAGUGGAAGCAACACCAUCAACACCGUAGAUGUGAUCAUCAAGCACAUUGCCAAGCGCUAUGAGGCCUUGGGAUAUAACCCACCUGAGUUCUCAGCCUUUUUCUCUGAUCUCCCUAGCAAUGACUUCAACACCCUCUUCCAACUCUUCCCUCCAUUGGCUAACCACGGUGGUAGCAUGGAGGAGACCCUCGCUGCCGACAGCCACCGCUCCUACUUUGCUGCUGGAGUCCCGGGCUCCUUCUACCGACGGCUUUUCCCGGCGAUGUCCAUUGACCUUUUCCACUCUGCGUUUUCCUUGCAUUGGCUCUCGCAGGUGCCAGAGACUGUGGUAGACAAGAGAUCAGCAGCCUACAACAAAGGACGGGUAUUCAUUCAUGGAGCAAAGGAGAGCACAGUCAAUGCAUACAAGAAACAGUUCCAGGCAGACUUGGCAAGCUUUCUCAGGUUAAGAGCCAAGGAGCUCAAGAAAGGUGGCUCCAUGUUUCUUGUCUGUUUGGGUAGAACAUCAGUGGACCCCACUGACCAAAGUGGCCCAGGCCUUCUCUUUGGGACCCACUUUCAGGAUGCUUGGAAUGAUCUUGUCCAAGAGGGUCUUAUCACUAGUGAAAAACGUGACAACUUCAAUAUUCCUGUGUACGCCUCAAGCUUACAAGACUUCAAGGAAGUAGUGGAAGUUGAUGGCUCAUUCACUAUAAACAAGCUUGAGAUUUUCAAAGGAGGAAGCCCCCUUGUAGUAAACCAACCUGAUGAUGCAGCUGAAGUCGGUCGAGCCCUUGCAAACAGUUGUAGGAGUGUCUCUGGAGUGCUUGUCGAUGCACACAUCGGUGACCACCUUGGCAAUGAGUUGUUUUCAAGAGUUGAAAAAAGGGGGACAAGCCAAGCCAAAGAGCUACUAGAGCAGAUACAAUUCUUUCAUGUAGUGGCAUCACUUUCUCUUGCUUAAUUAGCGAGUUUGAGG